AUGGCUCUUUCUAGUGCCGCCGGUCCGGUCUUAGAUGCCGCGAUAUUGCACGAGAAACGAAGCUCGACCGCUGACAAACGUGCCUCGACAACCCCGGCCAAAGAUGGAGUUCGCAUCGUUGCCCCCCACGAGUACAAAGAGGCUGCCGCCUGUCUCGCUGAGGCUUUCCGCCUUGACCAAGUCGUGCGAUAUGCGGUCGAUACGCCCGAUCGGAUGCAUGUGUCGGAGGAAGAACGAUUCGACCUUCAUCGAGCGGCGAUGGAGUACGUCACCUACGCUCACUGUCUCCAAGGACUGGUGUUGACCAUUGGGGACAACUACGAUUGUGUUGCCCUGUGGCUGCCGCCGGGCAAGAACAUUGAUGAUUGGAUCACGAUCAUUCGCAGUGGUAUGUGGCGUCUCAGCUAUAAGUUGUCAAAGGAAGGCAAGAUUCGAUUCUUUGAGGAAUUUUUGCCCCUGUUGCAUAAUACCAAGCAAGAGAUAUUGGGAGAGAGGGACAACCAUUCUUGGUACCUCAACUAUAUUGGCACCAAGCCUGAAGCCCGUGGCCGAGGCUAUGCCAGGAAGUUGAUUGAGCACGUUACGAAGAUGGCUGACGCUGAAGGCUUACCUUGCUAUCUGGAGAGCUCCCACGAUAUCAAUAUCAUUAUAUACGGCAAGUUGGGAUUUGAGCUUAGGAAACACAUCUACUUGCAGCGAGCCGCAGGCAAGGAAUUGAGAAUGGAUGUCAUGGUGAGAGAACCCGUUGUUCUCCACGAGAAGAAUGUUGCCGCAUUAAAGUCUGGUUGA